CAAGGAGAGAGAGAGAGAGAGAGAGAGAGAGAGAGAGGAGGGGAUGAGCUUCAAAGUUCGAGGCUUCCUCUCAUUGCAGGGAAUUUCCCCCCCUUCUUCUUUGAAGGAAGGAGAGAGGAGAGAAGGGAGAUUGCAAUAAAAGCAGCCUCUGGGAAAAAGCUUUGCAAUUGCAGCUUGCUUCCCCUCCCCUUUCUUUGCCAAAAAAAGGGGGGAGGAAAAAAAUAAAAGAAAGCAGCACGCUCGUCUUCUGCUAUUCCCCCUUUUUCCUCCCUCUAAAUUCUGACUCUUUCCUUUUCACCUUCUCUCUAUCUCUCUAUCCCCCCCACCACCCUUCACACUCCUCCUCCUCCUCUUCUUCUUUCCUGUUUAUUUAUUUUUUUGCCUCCCCCCCCAACCCCCAAUGCCAGCCAUGAUAGAGAAGGGCCCGGAGAUCUCAGGCAAAAGAAGGGGCAGGAACAAUAAUGCCAGCAGCCAGGCGAGCGGCGCUGCUUCUCAGGGCGCCUCUGCCUCCGUCGCAGCCGGCAGCGCCAACAAUGGGAAUAAUAGUAAAAGUUUGGCAUCGGCGGCGGCGCCCAAUGGCAAUGGCAGCAGCGCCGCCAACUCUUGGGAAGAGGGCAGCUCGGGGUCUUCCAGCGAUGAGGAGCAUGGAGGAGGAGGCAUGAGAGUGGGACCCCAAUACCAAGCCGUCGUUCCCGACUUCGACCCUGCUAAACUUGCAAAGCGGUCCCAGGAGAGAGAAAAUCUUGGUAUGCUGGUCUGGUCGCCCAACCAGAAUAUUUCUGAAGCAAAGUUGGAUGAAUACAUCGCUAUUGCAAAAGAAAAGCAUGGCUACAACAUGGAGCAGGCCCUGGGGAUGCUAUUUUGGCACAAGCACAACAUUGAGAAGUCUCUGGCUGACCUGCCCAACUUCACCCCCUUCCCAGACGAAUGGACGGUUGAAGACAAAGUCUUGUUUGAGCAGGCUUUCAGUUUCCACGGAAAAACAUUUCACCGGAUUCAGCAAAUGCUUCCUGACAAAUCGAUAGCAAGCCUGGUUAAGUUCUACUACUCCUGGAAAAAGACGAGAACCAAAACGAGUGUCAUGGAUCGUCAUGCUCGGAAGCAGAAAAGGGAGAGGGAAGAAAGCGAGGAUGAAAUAGAAGAAGCAAAUGGAACUAACCCUAUCGAUAUCGAGGUUGAACAAAACAAGGAGAACAAAAAAGAGAUUUCUACUUUGCAGGUUCCCCUGGUGGAAACAGUUCCUCAGGUGAAGAAGGAAAAGCACAGUACCCAGGCAGCUAAGAACAGAGCCAAGAGGAAACCUCCCAAAGGAAUGUUCCUUUCUCAAGAAGAUGUGGAGGCAGUCUCCGCCAACGCGACAGCUGCUACCACCUUGCUGAGGCAACUGGAUAUGGAAUUGGUCUCCAUCAAACGGCAGAUUCAGAAUAUCAAGCAAACAAACAGCGCUCUGAAAGAGAAACUUGAAGGAGGAGUCGAACAAUAUCGGCUGCCAGAGGUUACGCUGAAAUGCAAUGCGCGCUGGACCACCGACGAGCAGCUUCUUGCUGUACAAGCCAUCAGGAAAUACGGUCGAGAUUUUCAGGCAAUCUCUGAUGUGAUUGGAAACAAGUCUGUGGUGCAGGUGAAGAACUUUUUUGUAAAUUACCGGCGGCGUUUUAACAUAGACGAAGUCCUACAGGAGUGGGAAGCAGAGCAUGGCAAAGAAGAGACGAACGGAACUAGUACGCAGAAACCCGUAAAGUCGCCAGAUAAUACCAUUAAAGUUUCUGAAGAAGAAGAUGAGGCAACUUCUGUUUUGGAUGUCAGAUAUACAUCCGCAUCAUGAGAAACUCAGGUAGCCUAGAACAAUGUUGAUGUUUUGACUACUGUUGGUUAUCCAUGAUAUCAGGUAUUAGCAAAGCCUCAAGACAGCCAUCAUAUCUCCGUGGACAAGCAGCUAUUACCAAAAAGAGAGAAGAGAGAAGAAGAAGAAGAGAACAAAUCACAAACCAAGGCAAAAACACUUCUGCUCCUGUGCUACAUUUGCCUUAAUUUUCUCCUCAUUCCUACAUACUGCCUCCAUUUGCUCUUAUGCAGUUCCUGGGACAAGCUCUCUGCCCUUCAACAGCACCCAACUUCAAAGCAUUAGCUUCUCCUUGAGCCAUCUACGCGCCGGCAUGCAAAAAACCUCUUACCAGCCAGCUCUCCUCCCCCUCCUGCUCCUCCCCACGCUCAGAGGUUGACCCCUAAAACCAGGGACCUUUCUAAAACUUGCUCCCUAGUAGUAUGUAUUUCUGUACGGCCUUGUGUGGUUUCAGCUUACUUUAUGGCGUAAUCAUUAUUCUUCUUACAGUGACAUUUUAAAAUCUUUUUCUUUUUCUUUAAAAAAAAUUAUAUACAUACAUAUAUAUAUAUAUGAAUGAACUCUCCAUCAAAAAGAUGUGUUGAGCAUGUGCUAGGUUGGCCCGGUGACUUCUCUGAAGUCAGGGGACCUAGCAAGUAGGUAGGAUUUCAGGGCUGCAAGCGGUAGACCAUCCGCCUCCUAGCACAUGCAGAAGCUGUAUUCUGCUCCUUUUUAUUUUUAAAGAAAACUCCGUUCUUUAUUGUGAUUUCUAUUAUCGUCAUUAUUAUUGUCGUAAUGGACCUUCUUACUUAGUGCAAAAGGGAAUGUGCAGCCUAUAACCUGCUUUGGAACAAUCUGUUGGUCGAUCGAUGUAUGUGCACCCAAACACCCGUGUUCUUUCAUUAUAACCUCCCAGCGAAUGCUGACACAGCUGAGUUCCUUUGACCGUCUUAAGGGGUUAGGGCAAAAGCAGCAGCCUUUGCCAUUCGCUCCAGGGUUCUUCUGCAUCUGUUUGAUACUUCUGUCGUCUUAAGGAAGGGACUUUGCGCCCCACCGAAGUGAACAGAGGCUGCACAGUCUCUGCGCUUGGCAAAUGGCUUGCUUGGCCAUGACAUUGCGAUGCAAAUUAGGAUAGAGAGCUUCAGUCCUUUAAAAUGUGUGUUUGAAGAGAGGGGACACACACCCUGUCCCCUUUCUCCCACCCCAAGAGCUCCUUCAAGCUGCUGUCGCUUAGUUCCUUCCAACACGCAGAGCCCAGCUGUGUGGCAAAGGCCGUUGUAGCAAGUUCCACUUCCUAGGAGCUGGGAUGGAGCUGGCUUGAGGAAGAGAGGUUGGAGGUUCCUCCUCCUUAGACUUCUGAACUCGGCAGUAUGGAGGCGGCGUGGGUACCAAAGGAGCCCUUCAGCUGAAAGAUGUAGGACGUAGCGUUCUUAAAUAUUUUCAUUAGCUGUAAUAACGAUGCAAAAUUAAAUAAUUUUAAUCAGGGAUGUCCAGGGGUUAAUUUAUGUGCGCGUGUUUUUAGUUGACUUCAUUGCCACAGUACCCUUAACGUAGAAAUCAAUUUCAAAUAAAGUUGCAACCUCAAUAUGCACGGCUUUUUGAGACGCUGAGGGCGAAGGGGGGGGGGUUAAUUUGCAAUUUAAUAAACCUACCGCUCGUUGGACGGAAAAAGAGCUAUCUUUAAUACUUUUCUCUUACCAUGCCCUUUUUUACGGCAGCAGCUGCAAAUGUACAUGUGUGCCCUUCGCUGGUAGUCACGCUGAAUUUAAAAUUUGCCUCUGCCUUCUAAAGUUGACACACACAAACCCUGCCUACGAACUAACCUGCCGAUCAAAGCUUGCUGUCCUAAGACACGUUCUGUUUGGUACACCAAACGCCACUGCAAAUAUAUGGGGGAACAGGUCUUCUAGUAAUAACCCUUGUUUCCUGAGGUAAUGUAAACGCCUUAUUUUUGGAAGGGUCUGUCCCUUCUGUUUUGAUAAUUAAAAAUAUAUGCAGUAAAAGCACAAGAGGUGGCUUAUUCCUUACGACAUGCAUUAGCCAGUGUAAGCAUUUUAACCAUUGUGGUGUACUUAGGUGGCUCUGAAGCUUUUUAAAAAUAUAAUAAUAAUAUAACAGUAAUAAUAACUGGGGACUUCUACUAUGCAUGAGAAGGCAGAACUGCACUUUAUCAUAAUUUUCAGUGGCUGAGCUGAAACCACAAGGGAAUUGCAAUCGGCUGGUAGACAAAUUUCAUUGAAAAUAAUAGCCCAACCAGCUGCCCAUUUUGCCCUGAUUGCAGGGAUGAAGGACCUUGUGGUCCUUCAGAUGGUGUUGGACCUUAGCUCCCAUCAUGCCUGACCUUGCUGGCUAGGGCUGAUGGGAACUGUAGUCCUGCCAAAUGUGGCAAGCAACAGGUUCCUCGGGUCCCUAGCAUAGCGGAUCCUGAACAGCCAAGAUCAAGACUAAUUCUAGCCACUUGGAAGCACCUUUUAAACAAGACUUGCUUCAUAGCAGCUGCCUGAUGGUGAAAUGUUGGAGAAGUCGAGAUAUAUAAUGUUGCUUGUUUUCUUAUCCAGGGUUCAAAACAAGAGGAGAAUACAUAGAUAACACCAAAAAUCAUGAAGAAACAAUAAAGCUUUUUGAAAAACAACGCCAGCUAGUCUACUGAGGAACAGGGAAAUUGAAAAACACUAGUGCGCAAAUGACAAAAUCUUGGCCUCCUUCCUUUGCUCCUAAGUGACACCUCCUUGUGCCUGAGCUAUCUCAUCUAGAUUACGAUCUCUGGGAACCAUUUCUUCCCCUUCUUUAAAUCCUCACCUAUCCAUAUUGAAUUGAGUCUGUUCCCUGCCAGGCAAGCUUGUAGAAAGUAGCUGCUUCCAAGAGACGUGGUGAAGAAUAAUUGGCGUGUUUUAACAAUGUUCUACAUUGAAAAGGUUAUGGGUUUGGAUUUCCACCUAGUAAUUUAUUUAUUUUUAAAAACAACAACCCUGGCCUGUCCUUUUCAAAAAAAUCGAGCCACAGCACUAGGCAGUGUGCAAUUUUAUAUUUUUAAAGAAAAUCUAUGUAAAUGUUUUAUAUUAAAUUAGCAAAGGAUAUAAUAGCCAGGUUGGUUUGAACGGUCUGCCUCAAAUCCAUACUGUCGGAGAGCUGAAAGGUAUGAUCAUGUGAUGAAUAUGUUGCUGGACAUUUGAGAUUGCUGGUUGGGAGAGAUUUGAAGACUCUUCCACGUAGAGAACUUUCAUGCCAGAGAGUGAGGCCAGAACAUGUUAAGAUUGUAUCUCUAGGGAGCAUUUAUGUUGAGUAACCUCUCCUCUACAGCUGAAGUGGUACAGUCUUGACAGUGGACCUACUGAUCAUGUGGUUUAACUCAGAGUACAAGCCUGUUUCACUGUUCCCUUCAGCAAGCCUACCAAACAUUAUCAGAAAAAGAUCGGGUUUUGGCUUGAUCCCUAUCCCAGGAAGAGAAAUCAUGUCUUUGCCUCUUCAUGAUUACCUUAUUGUAAACCUGAAUACAAUAAAACAUGUAUUCCCCUCCCCACCAAUAAAACAUGAAUUCCCCUCCCCACCAUUAAUUGAAUAUCACCUGCAACUGUUCCAGUAUGAAACGGGGGAAAUAUUAACUUUCGGUUGUUUUCUUUGUUUCAUAGUCUUGUCUCCUAUAUGGAAAAGCUUAACCUUUCAGUUCAAGCAUUCACGUUCCGAGGCACCACGUUCUGAUUUAGAAAGGUCCACAAAGAUUGCUACAUAUUACAUGUAAUAUUUGCUUAAAUUUUGUUUCCUUAAACUAUCAGUGUGGAUGUUAUAAUUAUAUAUAUUUUGUGGAAGAUGGGAAGUUUUCGUUUCCUUCUAAGUAUAAGUUAUUGUGCAACGACGGCUUCGUUACGACAAAAAGUGGUACUUUUUUAUUAAAAAAAGACUUUUAGUUUUAGAAAUCUUAACAAAUGUACACAUGCGCCAUAAUUUUACGUUUGUUCUAUUUAAUUUCUAAGUAUAGUUGUGUAACAUGCCAGUACAUUUUUCUCCCCAUUUCUUCCCAACCUGCUCUGCUUAUCCAUCAGGAGGCCUUGUUUAUUUGAAUAUUGUAUCCUAACUGGUCUGAAACAUGGCGAUCGAACUCUUUAAUCUAGAGCCAAGGGAAGACGAGAUAUUUGCAAGAGACGUUGUACGUUGAACUUAACACAGCUUAGGGAAAUGUUGUACAAUCAUAUGCUCAGCAGCAGCUACAACUGGCAAAGCAGCCAUAAGGGUUGCCCUCGUACAUAUUUCAGGGAUUUAUUUCGUUUUGUGGGGGUGUUUUUGCAGUUUCCCCCCUUUGAAACGCAUCUGUGUGUUGAGGAGAGGGAGGGAAUUGUGGCCCUUGGCCCCAAUCCCUGACCUUCAUGCAGCUCCUCCCCAUCCCUGUUUUCCAGGGGUUGGCAGAAUGUGUGCAAAAGGCCUUAUGCUCAUGCACAGAUCUAUGGAGUCUUCAGUGUGAGUAGGGACCUUGCACAGCCAGGCUCUUUGAUCAUGCGGAUAGAAGCCAUCUGUGUAUAGACGCCCUUUUCAUACAUUCUGCUGAAGACGCCAUUUUAACUGCUCUUCCACUCCAUGUAGUCAGCAUAUGCAUGGAGGGAAGGUGGAGCAGAAGGUCAGUCUCUGCCUUCUAGUCUACUAGUUGUCUGGCAACCUGCCUUGCAAUACCGCCCAGGAAGUCAGGGGUCUCCUCCACGCAGCUCCCAGAAAGGUCAGGUAGGACCAGAGAACCGAUGGCGCCCAUCCUCGAUCCUGGAGGUGAUAAUUUUGCCCUCCUGUUCCACAGCCCCAAGCGGCCCACUGCAAAGAUGUACCAGGAAUUCCAAACAGCAUGAUCUCUGUUCCAAUGCCAGACAACACCGUGUUCAAACGUUCUGAUAGAUGAGUCGCUGAGUCCCAUGCAUGGUGUUUGCAGUGGCCUCCUGGCAGGGAUUGAUGUAUGGGGUUGCUGUUUUUCUCAGAAGCUUAAUCCCAUGUGAAGUAGUUUGUCAUGUGGCAUUGGUAGGCCAGGGAACGGAUGCCAUUUGAGAAGAAUCAAAGGAAAAAAAAUAUAAGGCUCGCUUGAGUUCCAGAAAUGACAUUGGCUGUUGCGUGCAUCUUGAAGUUGGGUAAAAAUGGUAGCAAGUAUUUUACAACUUUUUUGAGGGAAAGAGGAGGGAUCUAUCCUCAAAUCGCCAUCCUAGCCAGCAGUUUUGUUACUAUUUACGGCUAAAAUAUGUCCGUUGUCAUUUAACUCUUGGCUUUCGUUUAGAUUCUCUCACACACUGCAUGUUGUGUACCAGAUAUGAUCCAAGCAUUGGUUUGAAAUAACCUGAUUUCCUUGCAGUAUAGACGGGUGUAAAAGGCUUUACUAAUUUUGGAAGUUUCCGUUUUAAAAUGGCAAAGUUUAAUCCUCCUGGGACAUUUUAAAAACUUGAACAAGGUAAAAACAAAAUCAGUGUCCCUGUUUUUAUGAGUUUCAAUUAGCUGUAGUCUGUGUUUUUAGCUUGUCAAAACCGAGCCAUCUUGUGCAGUGCCCUAGAACAGUGUUCCCCAAUCUUGGGGCUCCAGCUGUUUUUGGACUACAACUCCCAUCAUCCCUCGCUAGCAAGACCAGUGGUCAAGGAUGAUGGGAAUUGUAGUCCAAAAACAGCUGGAGGCCCAAGGUUGGGGAACACUGCCCUAGAAUACCUGAGCCCCCUUCGGCUACUCCCCGAAAAAAAAUGCUGCUUUUUGUGUGUGUGUCUCUGGGCCACAUCCCACUUGCAAUUAUGAUGAUGCAUAGCCUCCAUUCGUUUCAGUGGUGCUUGAGCUGGAAUCCUUUCCUUGCAAGCAUCCCUGAAACAGAAGCAGCACCUGUUGGAUAGCUGCCUCUGUGGGCAGCAAAGCACAAUUAGCAGCGAAAGCGACAGUUCUGAAGAGAGAAUGUCAGUAUAUGUCUGGGCAUGUUGUAUAUUAAUGAGUGUUUACAUUCAUAUUCUCCUCAAAUUUAAAUUUAUACUGGAGUGUAUAGUUAUUCCAUUAUGUAGAUUUUAUCAAUUUUGUUAAAUUCUCAUAGACCGCUUACAAGGUCGAUCCCCUCCCCUUCCCCCCGGACUUUCUGAUGAUUAAGGUUAAGUUUGCAAAUAUAAUAAAAUUCUGUAUUAGCCUUUGAAGUGAUACAAUUAUGCAUCAGGGGUAGGUUUGUUUUUUUUAAAGUAUGUAUUGAUAAUGCUGUUGUAAGUAAUAUUAUUCAUCUCUCUCUCUCUUUUGUUGCCUGUUUAUUUCCCUCCCUGCACAUUAUUUAGUACACUUAACUGUGAUGAAUGGUAAUAGAAUUAUAAAACUGCUUAGCCACUGAAAAUAAUAGUUUUUCCUCCCCUACCCCUUGAAUUAUCAUUUUACUGUAAGAGGAAUUAUGGCGGGGAGGGGAACUUGUGAUUCUUUUCUGAAACUCUGCACAGUUCAUUUUUCUAUUAUUUCCAAUGUUUGCUGACAUGAAAUUAAAAAAACAAAAAACAAAACUCAA